AACAUAAUAUUUUUUAUUGAAUUUAAAAUUACAAAGUGUAUAAUAAUUAAAAGAAAAGUACAUGACAAUUAAAAAAUUACAUAACAAUUAAUAGAAAAUUACAUAAAUCUAAUUAUGACCUCCAACAGGUAGAGAUAUUUAUAGAUGGAUUGGGAAUGAAAUUUGUGAUUUUUUGCAAUUUUUUUCGAAUUUUUUGGACUCUAAACGGUAAAAAACGGCUAGUCCACGUGGCACACAUGGACCAAUCACGUCGCGCCACCGCACUCUCGCCCGCCUCACUCUCGCCCCGUCAGUGCGUCGCCCCCCUCUCGCCUCCCUCUCGCCCAGACGCGCGCGCCAACGCGGGCGAGAGCGAGGCGAUAUCGCCCGCUGUCGCCGGGCGUGAGUGCCGUCGCCCUCUCUCUCCCUCUCGCCUGCCUAUCGCCUCACGCGGGGCGGUAGAGGGCCCUUCUCGCCUCCCUUCUAGCCCCAUUGGCACCAGCCUAAGGCUGAGUCCAGUGCACGAAGCUUUUAACUUCGCGUGCUCGUGCUGUUCGUCUGCGGCACGAGACAUGGGAGGGCAGGCUGGGCAGCUACGCCAUGUGGGUCCCGUCCUCUCGUUCGGACAGGCAGAUUCUUUCUCAUCUUUGGCGUGUGGCCUCAACGUUCUUCGCAUGUUGUCCUAG